CUUUUAUCAUUGCCCGAGGUAGAUUGCGAUAAAGCUGUAUCGAACAUUGAACAUCGUGCGAUUUCGCAUUCAUGUAUUAUAAUUGUCGGUGCAUCAGUGUCAGGACGAUCGCAUCAACACACUCAGGAAAGCCUGUGAAGAAGAGAAGCGUUCACCGAUAUGCGGAUUAUGUAACAGUAUUUGCAACUUUAUACGCAAACAGUGCGGUACUCGAUCGUAUGAGAUUCCUUUUGUGAAACAUUUUCAAGUAGCUUAACCGCAAACCGGUUAGGUUAGACAAUAGUUGUGUAAUAUUGCAAAAUUCGCUGAUUCAUCGAAUGUAAAUUAAAAUCGAUUCUAAUGCCACGAUUAAAACCGCAGAUAACGCAUGCUCUCCGACAAGAUUGUUAGGUAAUGGAUUCCGCGAUUGUUCGAUAACGAUUUUGCGAUUGAUUUUAAAGCGCGGGGAGAUCAUCGUGAAAUAUCGUACCAUAGGAAAUUUAUUGACCCGUGAAACGACCGGUGACUGUGCAAAUAAUCAAAGCAAAGGUGGAAGUGAGACGUAUGGAAUACCCGUUUGAAAUAAGGGUGAAAUAUUCAUAGCAUUCCACCUGAGACAAUUCGAACAUCGUGCCUGGAACAUUUAAUUCACGCUGUGCCGAAGUUCACUCAGGAAUUAUAUACUACGAGAGUGCCUAGCGUUCACUGCCAAAAUGACUACGCGAGUACCGCCGAACGGAGGAUGGGGAUGGAUGAUUGUCUUGGCUUUUGCGUUAAGCAAUCUGUCGACUAUAUCGGUGAUGCAAGCGUUCGGAUUGGUGUUCAAGGAUUCCUUCGCCAAGCUCAAUCUCACUGCGACUGACACGGCGGUCAUAAUUAACGUGAAUUUCGCGUUCGGCAUGAUAUUCGGCCUGUUCAAUGGACCCCUCCUGAAGACCUACGGUUACCGAAAAGUGUCGAUGUUCGGCUCCCUUCUGUACACGGGCGGGAUGAUGAUGACGGCGUUCGCCAACAACUUCACCCUCAUUAUCAUUUCUUACGGGAUACUGACCUCUCUCGGCAUGGGAAUGUCGAUGUCCGGAUUUUCCCUGGCAAUAAAUUCCUACUUCACCACGAAACGGACACGAGCAAUGGCCCUGGCCGUGACUAUCACGGGACUCGGGCCGAUUGUCAUGCCCCAAGUGACGUCCUUCUUAUUGUCGACUUACGGCAUUCAGGGAACGAUCUUGUUGUUUGGCGCUUAUAGUCUGCAUUCGGCGGUGGGCGCUUUGUUGUUACAACCGCUUAAGUGGCACAAAAAAAGCGAGCCUCUCUCCUUAGAAACGGUCACUAAAACACCCGACAUUUUGAACAAUACCGAAGAUACGUCAAACGUUAACGCGGAAGAGGAGACAAUAUUGCAACCUUCGAGAUCGAUAGCAAACAAUUAUCAGAUGAAAAGAAAAAUAUCAACCAUCGAUCACGAUAGCGAGGUCGGAAGUAUCUAUGGAUUCGAUACACCACUACCUCGGCAAACUUCUGUAGAGACUAGAGCAAACGCGUCAUAUGACACGAAUUACGACAUCGAGAUGUCGAUAAUGAACGGGACAUCGAUGACGAGUUUACAUGGCAGCCGCAAAUAUUUGAAUGGUGCAAUGGUUCCAUGGUGGAAUUCGACGAAAAGUGUGAAUAGCAUCAACCUCGGUAGCAGUAUAAAGAUUUUCGAGGAGCCCGUGCCGAUAACGAAAAAACUGACCUUCAUCGAUGUCAACGACGCGAAUGGUAUUUGUCAGAACAACGUGGAAAAAGACUCGCUGAUCGAGAAAAAGGCAGAUACCGGUUCGACCAUAGUAGACGACGACAACGAUAAUAACGAGAAAAAAUCCGUCGUCUGGCGAUUUCUGCGGUGGCUAGCUUCCAUGUACGAUCUCGAUCUGCUGCGCGACCCGAUCUACGUGAACAUGAUGAUCGGGAUGUCAGUGGCGAUUUUCGCGGAGGCGAACUUCUCGCUACUGACACCGUUCAUUCUCGCUGACAUGAACAUGUCGACGCCGCAAAUUGCCAGCGCCAUGAGCCUCAUCGCGUUGAGUGAUCUCCUUAGCAGAGGCGCGUCUCCUUUCCUGGGGGAGUGGCUCCAUCAGCCGGCCAGAAUGAUGUACCUGCUCAGCCUGUGCCUUCUCAUAAUUAGCCGAAGCUCGCUGCUCUUCACGAACAGCUUAACCACGGUGCUGAUCGUGACGGUCGGUCUGGGAGUGGCGAAAGGAGUCCGGUCGGUUUACAUGGUCCUGGUGAUUCCCAGUUACGUGCCCAUCGAAAAGUUACCCAGCGCCUCGGGCAUUCAGAUGUUGACCAACGGAGUGAUCCUCACAUGUGUCGGCCCCUUAGUUGGUUUGAUACGAGACAAAACCGGGAGCUACACACCCUGCAUCAUCCUGGUCAAUUGCGUGACCGCCGUCACGGUGAUUAUGUGGCUGACGGAGAUCGUCAUUCUGAAGAGAAUCGCACGGCGAAAAUCGAGAUCGCCCACAUGAUUAUAACAUAAUACAUAAAACACACACACACACACCAAAUAACUAUAUGCCUCUGUAAAUAAAUUAUUUACAACGA